AAGCUUGUUCGAUACGAGGCGAUUGUUGUGGCGAUGCGUUUAACCUUGAAUGUAAUGCUUUACUUUCGUAAAAAUUUUACUUCAGGUAUGAGCCGGCCGGAGCAGAAACGUCUCCGGAAAGAGUACACCCGAUUGUAUCCGAGCGGUUUUGUGGGCAAAUUGAAGAAGGUAUUCGGGAGAUCGGAUAGUACUGAUCGACGAGAAAUACCGGCAGCACACGACGACGACACCGAUCAGCACGUAAUACCACCUGAAAAAAUCACGUUGUGUAAGGAAUUGGGUCAUGGUGAAUUCGGCUCCGUGUGGCAAGCUUCAUGGAAAGGUGGACCGAAUGGAGCAGAAUCGAUAACAUCACUCCGUACCUGGAAGUUUUAUAGGCACAAAUAUUCUCUUCUCUCAGGAGUCCUCAUUGGAAGCCCCCAAGUACGAUUGGUCUCCGAAUUAGCGACCUGUGGCUCACUUCUCGAGUGCCUUCAUAAACCUGCACUUCGUGAUUCGUUCCCAAUACAUGUACUGUGUGACUAUGCGGAGCAAAUUGCAAAGGGCAUGGCUUAUCUGGAAUCCAAUCGGUUGAUUCACCGUGAUCUGGCAGCCAGGAAUGUACUUGUGUUCAGUCCAAAAAAGGUGAAAAUCUCCGACUUUGGACUGUCACGAUCGCUCGGUGUCGGUGAGGAUUACUAUCGCAGUGAAUUCUCAACGUCACUCAAAUUGCCAAUCGCCUGGUGUCAUGGCGCAAUCCGCUCAAUCAAUAGAUUACUCAAUGGAUUCACCUCAGCAUCGGACGUGUGGUCGUUUGGUGUGACGCUGUGGGAGAUGUUCUCGUACGGUGAAAUGCCUUGGAAUGGAAAAACCGGAGCUGAGAUUCUGAACCUAAUCGAUCAGCAACGAAAGCAUCUCGAUCGGCCUACUGCUUGUCCAGAAGAUAUGUAUGCCUUGAUGGAAGAAUGCUGGAACUACUCUGCCAUUAAACGGCCAACAUUUGCUCAAAUUAUGACACAAUUCCCAGAAAGAUUACCGCAAACGGUUAGAGCUGUUUGUGACUGUCGUGAUUCAGCUAGCGACCAUCUGCAGUUUCGAAAAGACGAUCUUAUCGUCGUCAUCGAUCGAACGCCAUCCAGUUAUCCGGACGGGUACUAUUGGUUUGGAUCGCUCCGAAACGGUCGUACGGGUCUAUUUAGGCCGACGGACACGGUAGCUCACUUGGGAGCAGAAAAUCCGUCUUCUGUAGAAAGCAUUGAGAAGAAGGAAAAGGAGGAGAAGAAGUCGUCGAAGAAGGAUAAGGAAAAAGAACGAGAAAAGCGGAAAGCGCUGAUCUCUGAACCGGUCGGUGAAGUUCGACAUACGUGUCACGUGGGUAUCGACGGUACCGCUUUCGGUCUGUUACAGCUAGACAAGAAAGAAUUGGUGGCUCCGUCUGUGUCUCCAUCAUCUGUGCACACGAACGGAACAUCGGUUCAAUCCCAUUUGGCACCUUCCCUAUCGCAGGUAGGUAAUUCUUGUAUUGGGGUUGUUGAAUUCCUGCCCCGAGCGUUCUCUUCCGUCCUGGAUCGGUCUUGUGGACCGGACUGGGAAGGCUGCUCUAUUUGGAAGAGUUGCCCCUAA